CGCAGACCCAUUUCUUUUCAUCAUUUGCCAAUUUUUAUUACAGCCGUUGGGCUUAACAAAUUGGUCCAACAAUAACAAGUUAAGACUCCAAAAAAUCUGUCGAAUCUUCGCUUCUUCUCACCAACUAAAGCAGCGUUUGUAGUUCACGAAUCUUUGGUGGCCGAUCAUCAAUCCCCCAGAAGACGCACAUAGAAAUCUCAGUUUGGUUAAUAAACCUUUUCUCAAUCUCUGUAUAGUCGCUGCUUUCAGACGAAAUUCUAUGUCAGAUACGGAUGUUUAUGUUGAAGGUUUAGAGAUAGGGUUGAUGCGAACUAAACAGCGAGUUUCUUGUUAAUUUAUGUGUGUGUUACGUGUAAUCAAGAAGCAAUCUUGGUGAAGGAAGAGUGUGGUAGGUAUUCCAUCUCCACUCUUGAAGCUCAAAAGCUGGCAAUGGUGGGCUCUUGUAUCCAUCAACAUCUUCUUCCUCAUUGGUGGCUAAGCUGCUUCAGUCAUUCUAGGUAGGUUUUACUACAACGAAGGUGGAAACAGCAAAUGGAUGGAAACUCUUGUUCAAACCGCUGCUUUUCCAAUCAUCUAUAUCCAGCUUUUGCUUCUUCCUUCUUCUUCAGAGUCUUCUUCUUGUUCACUCAAAACCAUGGUCUUGAUUUACGUUCUGCUUGGUGUCAUCGUCGCUGGAGACAACAUGUUGUACUCUGUUGGACUUCUCUACCUCUCUGCAUCGACUUAUUCGCUCAUUUGCGCUACUCAGUUAGCGUUUAGUGCGGUCUUCUCUUAUUUCAUCAAUGCUCAGAAGUUCACUUCUUUGAUUCUCAAUUCAGUGGUUCUUCUCUCUUUCUCUGCUACGUUGAUUGCCCUCAACGAUAAUGCAGACGCUCCGUCUGGUGUCUCCAGGUCGAAGUAUAUCGUUGGGUUUGUGUGUACACUCGCUGCAUCAGCUCUCUACUCUCUACUCCUCUCCCUUAUGCAGUUCUCAUUCGAGAAGGUUCUGCAGAAGGAGACUUUCUCAGUAGUUCUCGAGAUGCAAAUCUACACUUCUUUAGUGGCGACUUGUGUCUCUGUUAUCGGGCUUUUCGCAAGCGGGGAAUGGAGAACGCUGCAUGGAGAAAUGGAUGGGUAUCAUAAAGGUCAAGCUUCUUAUGUACUGACUCUGGUCGGGACAGCGGUUACGUGGCAAGUGUGUUCUGUAGGAGUGGUGGGUUUGAUAUUUCUGGUGUCGUCGCUCUUCUCAAACGUUAUUAGUACGCUUUCUCUAGCUGUGACUCCACUUGCUGCUUUGGCUGUGUUCCGUGAUAAGAUGAGCGGCAUUAAGGUUUUGGCAAUGCUGAUCGCUCUAUGGGGUUUCGCUUCUUAUGUUCAACAGAAUCAUCUUGAUGACUUGAAAUUAAGACGAGCGCGAAAACAAGCGCAUGCCAGUCGGGUUGAUCCGCCUUGUUAAUUCAGGCAGUGUAAUUGCUUUAGGUUGAAUAACUUUUACUCGUUAGGACAAGCUUCUGUUCUUGUCAUAAUCUUUAAAAAUCAGAAUUUUUGUACGAUCAAAUUUAAAUAUACUGGUUGGUACAUGGAACUUAAUACAAAUU